AUGAAACCCGGUGGUCUUUGGAAUGCAUAUGGUAUUGUUGUGGAGUGGCAAUCAAGUGAUAGUCUUUAUCCUGUCACUGCCACUGCCACUGCCACCGCAACCACAACUGCAGCCACAUCCACAUCCACAGCCUCCUCAGCGCCAACAUCCACAUCCACAUCAAAUGACUCUACCGGUAGCUCAUCAGGCUUGUCUACUGGAGCAAAGGCUGGUAUUGGAAUUGGGGCCGCAGCCGGUGGUAUAUUGGUUCUGGUUGCGCUUGCAUUUCUCUUUCUUCGUCGACGAAAGCAGUCCAACUCCUCAUCAAAUUUCAAUGGAAACGAAAAAGGCUCAAAUGUGGAAUUGCCGGCCGACCAGCCCAUUCAAUACGAGCUGAAUUCAAGCCCAAUUCAUGAAGUUGGAUCGCCUCUCAAGUCUGUCCAUCCAUUAUAUCAGGAGCCUGUCGAGUUGGAAGGAAGGUAG